CGGAUACAAGGAGGUGAGUCAUGACUCAUGAGGGUAACUUUUUAGGAAACCCAACUGCAAUAAUAACAAUAAGACGAAAGAUAUAUAUCACAAUCGCAUCCUCUUGAUCAUUUCCUCUGUUCUUCAUCAAAUCUGAACAACAACAACAAUGGCGACAAGAUACUGGAUCGUCUCUCUCCCCGUCCAGUCCUCUGCCACCACUCUCUGGAGCCGAUUACAAGAAUCAAUCUCCAAAAACUCCUUCGACACUCCUCUCUACAGGUUCAACAUCCCUAAUCUCCGUGUCGGAACACUCGAUUCGCUUUUAGCCCUCAGCGAUGACCUACUCAAGUCGAAUUCCUUCAUUGAAGGAUGUUCGCAUAAGAUACGGCGUCAGAUCGAGGAUUUGGAGAAGGCGUCGGGGAUUCUGGCGAGUUCGUUGACAGUUGAUGGAGUUCCGGUGGAUUCGUAUCUUACGAAGUUUGUGUGGGAUGAGGCUAAGUAUCCUACAAUGUCUCCUCUUAAGGAGAUUGUGGAUGGUAUUCAUGCGCAGGUGGCUAAGAUAGAUGAUGAUCUUAAGGUUCGUAUUGCUGAAUAUAACAAUGUUCGCAGUCAGCUCAAUGCAAUUAACAGAAAGCAGACUGGAAGCUUAGCUGUUCGUGAUCUGUCAAAUUUAGUAAAGCCAGAGGACAUUGUCAGUUCAGAACACUUGGUUACGCUCAUUGCAGUUGUUCCCAAGUACUCCCAGAAGGAUUGGUUGUCAUGUUAUGAGACACUGACAACUUAUGUGGUCCCCAGAUCCUCCAAGAAUCUACAUGAGGACAAUGAGUAUGCUCUUUACACUGUAACAUUGUUUAAUCGUGAUGCUGAUAAUUUUCGAAUUAAGGCACGCGAAAGAGGAUUCCAAAUCCGUGAUUUUGAGUAUAACUCGGAAACUCAAGAGAGUAGGAAACAGGAGCUUGAAAAACUGAUGCAAGAUCAAGAAUCUCUCAAAAGCUCUCUUUUGCAAUGGUGUUAUACCAGUUAUGGAGAGGUUUUCACUUCCUGGAUGCACUUUUGUGCUGUUCGCUUAUUUGCAGAGAGUAUUUUGAGAUACGGGUUGCCCCCUUCCUUCUUGUCGGUUGUGUUAUCACCAUCUGUGAAAAGUGAGAAGAAGGUGCGUACAAUCCUCGAAGGCUUAUGUGGCAACUCUAACAACACGUUCUGGAAAACCGAGGAUGAAGGAAGCAUGGCCGGCUUGGGUGGCGAAGCUGAUACGCACCCAUACGUCUCCUUCACCAUUAAUCUUAUAUGACCGAACAGACUCUAGUGGUGGUGCUGGAGGCGGUGUUGUUGAUUCUUGUCUUCUUGAUUAGAACGUAAUAAGGUUAUGCUUAAACUCUUGUGUAUUAUAGGGUUCUAUUUAUACCUAAUUUUAGCCCGGGAGUCUUGGUGUAUUAUGUGUUUGCUUUUCGAAAACAUGUUCUUUGAUUUGAUUUAUUGUACUACAUACAAUCUGGAGAUGCAUUCUCUAUUUGGAGUACCAAUUUUAUAAACCUCUUAUUUAUUUUUAGUA